GUGGAUAGUAUGCACUUUGGGAUGCAAGGUGGGUAUUUGAACAAGGCAAAAGUCGUGAAGCGCUUUUACGACACGAGCACUCGUUUUCUGGCAAAUAUGGCGUCACCAUAGGUCUUCCCAAACAAAAACGGAAUAUUUUGGUUUAGUAAUCUUUCUAUACAUCCGUUAAAAUAUUGCAAAUUUCAAAAUAUUUCAGCAUCGUUUUCUCUCCCAUCGUUUGUCAUGGCUGGCGUUAUGGAAACAGAGGAGCAGGCAAGAACCCGUUUCCAGCUGGAGUUGGAGUUUGUUCAGUGCCUAGCGAACCCAAAUUACCUGAACUUUCUGGCUCAAAGAGGUUACCUGAGAGAGAAGCCUUUUGUCAAUUACUUAAAAUAUCUACUCUACUGGAAAGAACCAGAAUAUGCUAAAUUCCUGAAAUAUCCUCAUUGUCUGCACAUGUUAGAGCUGUUGCAGUAUGAGCACUUCCGAAAGGAGCUGGUGAAUGCGCAGUGUGCCAAGUUCAUAGAUGAACAGCAGAUCCUGCACUGGCAGCAUUACUCACGAAAGCGCACACGCCUACAGCAAGCACUCGCGGAGCAGCAGCAGCAACAGCAGCCUCAGGCUCCAUCCCAUGGCAACACCACCUCCAAAUGAGACAGUCAGCAUGCUUCUGCUGCCAGUUACUCUUUCACUAGAGUAUUUUUAUAAAAAGUCAUUUUCAAAUGGCCAUUUUCCAGGAUUGGACUUGGACAAAGUGCUAUCUGUUUGCCGCUAAUGUUGUGUCUGUUUAUGAACAACUGGAGAGAGAAAAGUAAAAGAGCUUCAAGAGAAGGUAAGGGGAGAGUGAAACAGAUUGCUGUUGAGCAGUACGUCUUGUCUUACAGUUGCCACCUCCACCUGUUACAUGCUUUAUCUUAUAAAUUUUUGUAUUAUGUUUAUGUAUGCAUUUUGGACAAAAACAGAAACCCAAAUCCAAAAUAAACACAUUUUUAAAGCCA